AUGGUUAAAGGAAGCGUAACACCCAAGCCAACUGCUGCUGAUGCGCUUUCAUACGUAGAGUCUGUGAAGGAAGCAUUACAUGAUGAACCUGCAAAAUAUCAAGAGUUUCGCAAGAUCAUGAAGGAUUAUAAUCGUGGCCGACUUGAUGCCGCUAGUGUCAUUACAAGGGUGGAGAUACUCCUUGAAGAUCAUCCGAAUCUGCUUCGUGGUUUCAGUGUCUUCCUUCCAACUGGGGCUACGAUAAUCAUCCCUCCAACUAAAGAAGAUUUGGAUUCAUACCUUACUGAUGUGAAGGCAGCAUUUCAUGAUAACCCUCUCAAAUAUUACGUGUUUUACGAGAACUUUCGUUCUAUUAGACGUAAUAGAGUACUAACUGGUAUUGCUGGUGACGUUAAAUACUUGGAGGAACUCCUGCAAGAUCACCAGAAUCUUUUUCUUCGUUUAACUACCUUCCUUCCAGCUGAGACUCAGAGAUUCCUCCAUCAGCGGGCUAUAUCUGAAGAUAACAGAAAAAAACAUGCAGUGAUUUUUCAUAACAUGAUUAAGGAAAGGUUUCAGGGGGAUGAUCUCCAUGUAUUUGAGUCAUUUCUCGAGAUACUGAAAAUGUUCAAAGAAGGAAACAAGUCCGUAGAUGAGUAUUAUGAGGAGGUCAUUGAACUUGUUCAGGGUCAUCAAGAUUUAGUAAUGGAGUUUUUGGAGAUUUUCAAGACCCAUCCAUCAGGGUGA